AUGGCUCCAUUAACAGUUGCAGUUGGUGAAGCUAGACCAGGCGAAACCGCCCCUAGAAGAAAAGCAGCUCAAAGAGAUGCACCAGUUGAACGUCCCGCAGACUCUUCAGCAACCACCAUGCCUGAGUUUAUCGAAGAAUGUUUCAAGAGGAAUGGUAACAAGCCAGGUAUGGCUUGGAGAGACUUGAAAGACAUUCACGUUGAAACAAAAAAAAUUACCAAAACAAUUGACGGCGAAAAGAAAACCAUUGACAAGGACUGGACAUACUACGAAAUGGGACCCUACAAAUACAUCAACUACCCAGACUUGCUCAAGCAAAUUAAAAACUACUCGAGAGGUUUAUUGGAAUUGGGAUUGAAACCAAACCAAGAAUCAAAAUUGAUGGUUUAUGCCGCAACUUCACACUAUUGGAUGCAAUCUUUCCUCGCAUCCACUUUUCAAAAUAUUCCCAUUGUUACCGCAUACGACACUUUGGGAGAAUCUGGGUUGACCCACUCUUUGGUGCAAACCGAAGCAGAUGCCAUCUUUACCGAUAACGGAUUAUUGGGCUCCUUGGUGAAACCAUUGCAAAAAGCCACUGCUGUUAAGUACAUUAUCCACUCUGAACAAAUUGACCCAACCGAUUCCAGACAGAAUGGUAAAAUUUAUCAAAAUGCCAAGGCUGCUAAAGAGUCACUUUUGCAAGUAAGACCAGACUUGAAGUUUAUAUCCUUUGACGAAAUUAUUGCAUUGGGCAAGGAAGCCAAUCAAGAAUUGCACUUGCCAAAACCACAAGACUUGGCAUGUAUCAUGUACACCUCUGGUUCAACCGGUGACCCAAAGGGUGUUUGCAUCACCAACAAAAACCUUAUAGCCGCAGUUGGUGGUAUCUCCACCAAUGCAGGUAGAGACUUGGUUGGUCCAAACGACUCGGUUAUUGCCUUUUUACCCUUGGCCCACAUUUUCGAAUUGGCAUUUGAAUGUAUUGUCUUUUGGUGGGGUGUCCCAUUGGGCUACGCCAAUGUCAAGACAUUGACAGAAGCCUCGGUUAGAAACUGUAAGCCAGACUUGAUUGAGUUUCAACCAACAAUUAUGGUUGGUGUUGCCGCAGUAUGGGAAUCGGUGCGUAAAGGUGUUUUGGCCAAGCUCAAGCAGGCUGGUUAUAUCCAACAAAAGUUGUUUUGGGCUGCAUUCAAUUCUAAAUCCGCAUUGAACAAGUUUAACAUCCCUGGUGGAUCAUUGUUUGAUGUUGUGUUCAAGAAGGUGAAGGCUGCCACCGGUGGCAAAUUGCGUUAUGUCCUUAACGGUGGGUCACCUAUUUCCAAUGAUGCUCAAGUGUUUAUCUCUACCUUGAUUGCCCCAAUGUUGUUGGGUUACGGUUUAACCGAGACAUGUGCUAAUGGUACCAUUGUUGAGUUUCGCCAUAUCGAGUAUGGCUCUUUGGGUACCUUGGUUGGUUCAGUUACUGCUAAAUUGGUUGACGUGGAAGAUGCCGGCUAUUUCGCCAAGAAUAACCAAGGUGAAAUCUACCUCAAGGGCGGACCAGUUGUUUCUGAAUACUACAAGAAUGAGCAAGAGACAAAGGAGGCAUUCACCGAAGACGGAUGGUUCAAGACUGGUGAUAUUGGUGAAUGGUCAGCCAAUGGUGCAUUGAAGAUUAUCGACAGAAAGAAGAACCUUGUCAAGACAUUGAAUGGUGAAUACAUUGCAUUGGAGAAGUUGGAGUCUAUUUAUAGAUCCAAUCCUGUGGUGCAAAACAUUUGUGUUUAUGCUGCCCAAUCCAAGGUUAAGCCAAUUGCCAUUAUUGUUCCAACUGAUGGAUUCUUGAAAAACUUGGGCUUUGACGAGCAGACAGCUUACGACGACAAGAAUGUGGUGAAGAAGGUACUUGGUGGCUUAAUAGAGACUGGUAAGAGCCAGGGCUUGAAGGGUAUUGAAUUGUUGGAGUCGAUUGUCCUUGUUCACGACGAAUGGACUCCAGCUAAUGGAUUCAUCUCUAGUGCACAAAAGUUGCAAAGAAAGAAGAUUUUGAAGGCUUAUGAAAAGGAGAUUAAGAAGGCAUAUGGUGAUAAUUAA